AUGCCUGUUGCUUCAAGUGAAUAUCAAAAUGAGCGUUAUGCAAGCUUUGCUACGACUUCACGCUUAAUUACCUGUUUGGUAUCCGAAUCUUUGGUUCCAGUGUACUUUAUACCUAUCAAGUCUAUUGAUGAUUGUGAUCCAUCUAUUGGCUUAUGUUUACUGCUACGUGCUACUUCAACAGAACAAGAAGUGGAAACACCCAAAAAGGUAACUAUCCAAGACAUUCUUACGGUCGUUCCCCUUCGUGGCUUGCCUAUCCUUAACAAGCAAGACGUGGCUGUAUGGAAUGGCGUGGCUUGUCCUAGAAUCGAACUAGUCGAUAACCUUGACAUGCUCCCUCACAUUUACUCGGUUGAACUGUCGAGCCAGUUCAAAGCAUCUGGCAGUGUCAAGCAAAAAACUGCUGAUACGUUGUCAUCCAUUUUGGACAACAACCAGUCCUUUGAUCUUAUUGAUGGAUACGACGCUGUUAGUCUCUGGGCUCAGUUUGCUAGUGAUUUGACCAUCAAUUCCAAGUUACGGGAGCAGAUUGGACAAGAGCUUCAAUCCUCUAUCAUGUUUCAAAAAUAUACCUACGAUCAUCCUAAAUCUUUACCAUCUUGGGAAUCUUCUACUAUUAAAUGGGAACAAUCCAUUGUUGAAGGCCAUGCUACGCAUCCUAUGCAUAAAGCCCGCAAAAGCUUUCCACCAAUGCCUCCCCUUUAUCCCGGAUCUUACGAUCUCGAUCAUCCUUAUAUUCGCUUGGUAGGUAUUCCACGAGAACAAGCCUUGCUACGUGGUAAUUAUGAAGAGUUGUCUGUGCCCCUGAUCAAUGCAUUAAUGGACGCUGGUGGAAGUCACAAGGAAAUUCGUGAGCAAUAUCCUAAUCAUGUGUUUAUCGCUAUCCACGAACUACAAUUACCCAACGUUGAAGAAAAAUUCAAGGAUGCCAUCAUCUUUUCAAAGGACUAUCAAAUCAGCGUGGAAGCCUUGACGUCAUUACGCUCUGUGGCUCGACCUGAUAUUUUGCCGGGAUUGAGUGUCAAGCUUUGUUUGGGAGUGAAAAUUUCGUCUGCCAUGCGCACCGUCACACCUUUUACAACUUACUUUGGGCCUGGCUUCUCGUCCGACGUUGUACCUCGGUUAACGUAUGAUCAUGAUAUCCUAACCAUUGAACGUGAAUUGGGGACAAUUACCUAUCGUCAUGAAGAUUCCGAUAUUGCCAAGCACUGUAGUAGUGUUAUCCGUGAAGCUGUAGAAUAUGAUCCUCAAUACAAGGAUGACCUAUUUGUUCCUUGUGCUGCCUUGGUUGAAAAGAUACAGAGACCAGAUACGGAUGAGACAUUAGUAACACAUGUUUGGAAUUUGGACACUAAAGAAAAGCGAAGAGAGUUUUUGGAUAGAUACGUUGACUUUGCCUUGCGUGCAUUCUUACCUCCCUGUUUACAAAAUGGUGUCGCUUUUGAAGCACAUGGACAAAAUACCUUGGCACGCUUCGACAGAAAGACCGGUGUACUCAAAGGAUUUGUUAUUCGUGAUUUUGGUGGGGUUAAGGUGCACAAUGAGACACUCAAGAGAUCUGCUGGUUGUGAAAUAGACGUUUUACCUGAUAGCUGUGUUGUAGCAGAGACAGUAGAUGAGGUCGCUAAACUAUUGUAUCAUACUCUCUUCCACUGUCACCUACAAAGACUCAUUCGAGUAUUAGAUCUUCAUUAUAGUGGUGAAGGAUGGGAAAUUGUUCGCAAGUAUAUGACUCAGUAUAUUCCAAAGGACCAUAUCAUGUGGCCCAUGUUUAUGGAACCUAGAAAAGUACCUGGUAAAUGUUUAGUGCGAAUGAAGAUUGAUGAACUUUAUCGCGAUUACAUCUAUCGUCCUGUACCAAAUAUGAUCAACUUUAAACCCCAAAGCCUUUCUGAAACUAUGUAA